UCAUCAUAAUAAUGCGCCGGAUGCAUUAUACUUCUUUCACUGCGCACUUAUCAGAUUAUGCCAUUUUUAAGACGACUUGUAAAUCUUUUGAUGAAGACAGGGAGUCGCUUUUAAUGUAUGUUUUGCAGUGUAUUAGAGAAACUGAGAAGUUACUGCAGCUGGAGUUUGAAGAGAAAUUAGUGCGUCAUUGUGAGCGGUGGCGACUUCAGCUUGAAUCUGUCAGAUCUUCUAGUCUGAGGAGAUAUAUCCAGCUGGAUACUAUUGGGUCGGAGACACUCGAAACAAACCUUAACACGCACGUUUAGCGCAUUUUAAUUCUGAUAAAUCAGAAAGAUCCCUGCCAUUACAGCGACAGAUGAUGUCGGCGAUGGAGGCUGUGUGUGAUGGAGAGGAGCCAGAGGUGGUCACUGAGGCGUGUUUGCUGUCCGAGUUCAGUGAGAGAGGAGAGGCUCGAGCUCUCAUCAACAAUCUCCCGGACAUUCAUCACGACACGGUCAGCAGAGAGGCCACCAUCGAGAAAUUUGUGGUUAUCAUGGAUCGCUACCAAGAACAGCCACAUCUUCUGGAUCCUCACUUAGAGUGGAUGCUGAACAUGCUCUUGGAGAUGAUCCGCAAUGAGAAGUCGCCACCUCCAAUGGUCCAUCUCUGUUUCAAAUUUCUCUAUAUCAUCUCAAAGGUCAGAGGCUACAAGAUCUUCAUGCAGCUGUUCCCCCAUGAGGUGUCAGAUGUUCAGCCGGUUCUGGACCUUUUAUGCAGACAGGACCCAAAAGACACUGAGACCUGGGAAACACGCUACAUACUCCUCCUCUGGCUCUCCAUGACAUGUCUCAUUCCCUUUGACUUGUCCCGUCUGGACGGCCACCUGUCCACUGACCCCGGGCUGAACAGAGAGUCCAUCAUGGAUCGGAUUCUGGCUGUUGCCAAGUCCUUUCUCAGAGUGAGUGACAAAUCUCGAGAUGCUGCAUCAGUGCUGGUAUCGAAGUUUGUGACUCGUCCAGAUGUGAAGCAGAAGCGUCUGGGUGAUUUUCUGGACUGGUGUCUGACAACCAUCUCUCAGACCAGUGAGGUUACCAUGGAGGGAACUGUGACCCUUGAUGGAGCUUUGCAAUCUCUGGCCCAGCUCUUCAAGCACGGGAAACGUGAUGAUUUCCUGCAAUAUGCCCCAACAGUGCUUCAGUGCCUGAAUCAGAAGAGAAUAGCGGAGAGUAACCAGGCCACAUUGCGUAAGCUGGGUGUAAAAGUGGUCCAGAGACUUGGCUUGACCUUUCUAAAACCACGUUUGGCCAAAUGGAGAUACCAGAGAGGAAGUCGGUCACUCGCAGUGAACCUGGCCCAGUCUUCUGUCACUGAAAGUGUAGAGGCUACAAAACCUGAUCUAGAGUCUGUCAGUCAGGAGGAAGACUACGACAUACCUGAGGAGGUAGAAAAUAUCAUUGAACAACUGUUGGUGGGACUGAAAGACAAAGAGACAAUAGUGAGAUGGUCUUCUGCCAAGGGGAUUGGAAGGGUAACUGGUAGACUACCUAAACAGCUUGCAGAUGAUGUGGUUGAGUCUGUUUUAGAGUGUUUCAGUUUUCAGGAAACAGAUAAUGCCUGGCAUGGAGGCUGCUUGGCUCUUGCAGAGCUUGGCCGAAGAGGACUGCUGCUUCCUUCCCGUCUCUCAGAUGUGGUGCCUCUGAUUAUAAAAGCUCUGACAUAUGAUGAGAAAAGGGGCGCAUGCAGUUUGGGAUCGAACGUACGUGAUGCAGCCUGCUACGUGUGCUGGGCUUUCGCCCGAGCCUAUGAGCCAAAUGAACUGAAGCCUUAUGUCAACCAGAUUGCCAGCGCACUGGUCAUCGCAACUGUAUUUGACAGGAACAUCACCUGCAGGAAGGCCGCCUCUGCUGCUUUCCAAGAGAAUGUGGGCAGACAGGGCACCUUCCCCCAUGGCAUAGACAUUCUGACAGCGGCGGACUACUUCACAGUCGGUAACCUGAAUAACUGCUACUUAACUAUCAGUGUCUACAUCGCUGGUUUUGAGGAAUACACCAAACCCUUAAUUGACCACUUGGUGGCUAUGAAAGUCAAUCACUGGGAUGGGGUGAUCAGAGAGCUGGCCACGAAAGGCCUGCACAAUCUAACUAUCCAGGCCCCUGAAUACAUGGCCAACACUGUUUUACCUCAGCUGCUGCCCAUGGCCACAGGGAUGGAUUUACACAGGCGUCACGGCGCUAUCCUUGCCUGCGCCGAGAUCACUCAUGCUCUCUACGAGCUUGCCACCCAGAAUAAUAGUUGGGUGACUGACUUCCUGUCCUCUGACACAAUUGAAGGCCUUAAAAACAUUCAUCAAAAGCUCUCUGACAGAAAGCAGUACAGGGGAUUUGGUGGGGAGCUAAUGAGACCAGCUGUCUGUUGCCUCAUUGAAAAGCUCUCUCUCUCCAAGAUGCCUUUUAAAGAUGACCCAGUUAUCACUGGUUGGCAAUGGCUAAUAGACGACAGCUUGAAGAACCUUCACCUGUUCUCCAGCGGGGCCAGGCGGGGUAUACAGGAUGCCGCACUCUCAGCACUAGCAGCGUUGUGUCUGCAGUAUUAUCAGGUUGAACCAGGGGUAGCCGAUGUGGAAAUGCAAGAUCAGCUGGUUAGUCAGUACCUGUUGGCCCUGGAGAGUCCCGAGGUUCUGAUGCGCUGUGGCUGCACUCUCGCCCUGGGCUCACUGCCUCCGUUUAUGAUCCGUGGCAAACUCCAGAAGAUCUUGCCUGGGCUCCAGGCCACCUGUAAGGUUGUGCAGAAAGCAGCGAGUCUAACAGAAGCCAGGAGGGAUGCGGCCACAGCCAUGUCUCAGGUGUGUGUAGCUGUAGGAGUGUGUGCACAAGGCAGCCCAGACCGUGUCCUGUGUGAGGGCAACAUAAGGCCUGUGUAUGAAGCCUUGCUGGGCUGUAUGAACGACUACAGCACGGACAGCAGAGGGGACGUCGGGGCCUGGGUGAGGGCGGCAGCAAUGAGCAGCCUUAUGGAUGUGACCCUGCUGGUGGUAGCGUCUGCUCCAGAGCUCCUCUCCUCUGACCUUGUUCAGCGUAUGAUGUGUUGCCUGGCCCAGCAGGCUGCAGAGAAGAUCGACCGCUACCGAGCCCACGCCGGCACCGUUUUCCUGCGUCUGCUUCACAGCACAGACCCCGCAGUACCUCACAUCCCUCACCGGGAGGAGCUACUGAGCAUCUUCCCUCUGUGA